UAUAGCCUAAGGUACAAUGUUAAGCAACAAAGUAUUGGAUAGGCUACUGCUGUAUGCUUGCUUUAAUACAUUUCAUAAUCAUUAGUUGUGUUCAUAAGAUGCUACACACCUUAACAUUGCGUUAAAACAAUAUGCAGAUUUAUGCUCGUGGAAUAUACAUUAUUUGCGAAUGUUUACAUGUGAUUGUUCCCUCAUUUAAACAGAUGGAUAGAAUGAAUAAUAAUUUUAUUAAAUUAGGUGUAUAUGCAUGCUGCCUGUGUGGACUGUAUACCAAGGACUCCGCAUUGGAUAUGUUAUGUUGGUUAUUAUAGCUAGAUAACAAAGUUUGGCGAUAAAAUAGUGUUUGUAGUGUAUGUACCUAUUCACUCUGUAUAGGAAUGUUGCCAUGUAAAUGUAAGCUACGUUAAUAUGUACAGUUGACCCUGGCUGUAAUGGUGUAAGAGUGUCAUUUACUGCGAAGAAGUGCCAUUCGUUUUUCAUCAGGGAAGUCUAGUGGGCAUAUUGCCCAACUCCCUUCAUAUGAGAUUAUGUCGUAAACAUGACUGAGGUGAGUCAUCAAAAUUUGACACCAAAUCAAAUUACCCUCUCUUGACCUUUUCAGGAUCAUUCACUUUAUGAAGCCUAAUCAACAUGUUGACUUCAUCCAAAAUACCAAAACACUACGAAAACACUACAAUAUUUCCAUUACACACAUUCAUAAUAUACACCAUAAAGCCAGACAGUAUCAGUUGUGAGGAUUUUUGUAAUUGUUAAAGAGUAUAGUGCUACUAUUGAUGCAUGAAAUGCGUAACAAAAAAUAAACAGAAUAUUAAAACGUUUGCACAACUACAGUGUACUGUACUGCAUCCCUCUGAUAAAACAAAAAAAAAACACAGAAAAACCUUGUGUGGACUCCACUUGGAAAAUUGCUGGGAACUUUGCUACUGCGUCGGUUUGCAAGAAAUAGGCUAAGGGAGUCUCCUCAUCGGAAUAAAAACCACAUGCCACAAAUAGAUCAAAGUUUAAAUGCUUCUUUCUAGUUUAAAUGCUUCUGGACCUCCUCCUUACUAUUUGAUGAAAAGCAGAGAGAACCACUGCAUUGUAUUCCAAACACCAGCACAGUUCCAUUCAUAAAAUGGCGCAUAUCACAAUAAACCAGUACCUGCAACAGGUACUUGAGGCCAUUGAUACAAGAGAUGGAACUUUCUGUGCAGAGUUGCUGUCAUUCAAGCACCCUCACGUAGCAAACCCAAGGUUACAGCUAUCAAACCCAGAAGAAAAGUGCCAGCAAGUACUAGAGCCUCCUUAUGAUGAAAUGGUUGCUGCUCAUUUAAGGUGUACGUAUGCAGUGUCAAAUCAUGACUUUGCAGAAGCAUACAAAUGUCAAACUGUUGUGGUUCAAUCCUUUUUAAAGGCUUUCCAAGCUCACAAAGAAGAAAAUUGGGCAUUGCCAAUGAUGUAUUCUGUAGCCCUAGAUCUUCGGAUUUUUGCCAAUAAUGCAGACCAGCAGCUAUCCAAAAAAGGAAAGGGCAAAGUGGGGGACAUGCUUGAAAAGGCAGCUGAACAAUUGAUGAGCUGCUUCAGAAUCUGUGGCAGUGACAACCGUGCCGGCAUUGAUGACUCUAAAAAGUGGGGGAUGUUGUUUCUCAUCAACCAGCUCUUCAAAAUUUACUUCAAGAUUAACAAGCUACACUUAUGCAAACCUCUCAUCAGGGCUAUUGACAGCUCGAACCUGAAGGAUGAAUACAGCAUGGCACAGAGGGUGACCUACAAAUACUAUGUGGGCAGGAAAGCAAUGUUUGAUAGCGAUUUCAAACAAGCGGAGGAGUACCUGUCCUUUUCCUUUCAACACUGUCACAGAUCCAGUCAAAAGAACAAACGGAUGAUUCUUAUUUACCUUUUGCCCGUGAAAAUGCUUCUGGGCCAUAUGCCAACAAACCAGCUCUUGAGAAAAUAUGACCUUCUACAGUUUGCAGAUGUCACUAAAGCUGUUAGUGAAGGAAAUCUAAUGCUCCUGAAUGAUGCCCUGGCACAACACGAGGCCUUCUUCAUUCGCUGUGGCAUCUUUCUCAUUCUCGAGAAGCUAAAAAUCAUCACCUACAGGAACUUCUUUAAGAAAGUGUAUCAGUUGCUUAAAACCCACCAGUUGCCACUAGAUGCUUUUCUCGUUGCCCUUAAAUUCAUGCAGGUGGAUGAUGUGGACACUGAUGAAGUUCAGUGCAUUUUAGCUAAUCUGAUCUACAUGGGACACAUCAAGGGGUACAUUUCUCACCAACAUCAGAAGCUUGUUGUCAGCAAACAGAAUCCAUUCCCCCCACUGUCCACUGUGUCUUAGUGCAAGAAAUCAGACUUUUUUUUUAUUGUCAUGUGAAAGACCAUUAUUGAACAGUUUUUCAGAAUGACCUUGUAUUGUUGAGUGAUAUGUUUAAUUAUAUGUGAAUAAACAUAUAUUCUCAU